AUGGCUGCUGAUAGAAAACAGCUUCUGGUACUGGACGCGACGGGGCGUCGGGACCCACGAAGAGAGGCAGCGUCUCCUGACGCUGCGUCGACGGCUGCUGAGUGGGCGCCGGACAAGGCGCUGCGGUGUCAGACUCCUUGGGGGUGCCCAAGGAAAGCGGCUGCAGGACAGGCUGCACAGCCACCGCUUGGGAAGGCGGCCCGGCUGAGGGGUCGACGUCCAUCAGCUCCGAAGGCGGCGGCGACUGAAGAGGGACCGCAGGCGCUGGAGCGACCACCCGGGGCGCUCCCGUAUGAAGCUGCGCGGGAGGCAUCAACGGGACGCGCUGUCGGCGUGGCGACGGCUGCUGCUGCUGCCCUGGGGGCGGCAGCGAAGUCGGAAGGCGCGGCUGGAACCCGCCGCGGACCAAAUCUGUGGACAAAGAACGAGCGGCAGAAUCCGGGCGGCCAGCGCGGCGCAACUGGUCCUGAUGCCUCCUGUGCACCCCAGUAG